UUGAGCUCAUCUCCUCCUCCCUUCCUUCUCUUCUCUCUCUUGGCUGUUCUUAUCACUACACGUCGUCCUCAUCUCGGCCUCCAAAGUCCAACUCCAUCGCCGCGCGCAGCUGAUCAAUUAAGCUCGCUAGCGAGCUCUCGCCGUCGACGACGGCAAGAGAUCGAGGUCGAGGCAGCAGCAACCGGGAGAAUUGAAGUGGUCGGUCGCGGCCGGGGAGAUCAGGUCGGCCGAUCGAGUAAGGUGGAUCCACGGGUCAGGCAUGGCAAGAGGCCCCUACCGGCCGGCGAGGAGGAGGAAGUCCAGCCAGCGGCGCCGGCAGCAGCAGCAAAGCAGGAGCAGCAGGACGAGGCAGAGCUCGCCAACGCCCAGCUGGGAGGAUUUCCGGCGCCGGUCAUCGCCGCCGGGGCUUUGGCGCCGGAGACGACGUACGCGCAGUACUACUACGCGGCGCGCGCCGACCACGACGCCUCCGCCAUGGUCUCCGCGCUAGCCCACGUCAUCCGCGCCGCCCCCGGCCUGCAGCAGCUCCCGGCCCCAUCCGCCGCCGGUCCUCACGCCCCCGGCGCCUUCUACCCAACCGCCGCCGCCGCAUCGUCCUCAGAGCACCACCACCACCGGCUCGGCCACUCCUCCUCCUCUUCCUCCGCCUCCGCCGCCGCCGCCGACGAGGAGCUAGGAGGGAGGAGGAGGCACUACAGAGGGGUGAGGCAGCGGCCGUGGGGGAAGUGGGCGGCGGAGAUCAGGGACCCCAAGAAGGCGGCGAGGGUGUGGCUGGGGACGUUCGACACGGCGGAGGACGCCGCCAUCGCCUACGACGAGGCGGCGCUCAGGUUCAAGGGGACCAAGGCCAAGCUCAACUUCCCCGAGCGCGUCCAGGGGCGCACCGACCUCGGCUUCCUCGUCACCCGCGGCAUCCCCGACCACCGCCGCGCCUACCCGGCGUCGGCGGUAAUGCCGCCGCCGCCGAUGACGACGCAGCACCAGCAGCAGCAGACGGUCGUGCCGUACCCGGACCUCAUGCAGUACGCGCAGCUGCUGCAGGGCGGCGUCCGGGCCGAGGUGCAGGCCGGCGCCGCCGAGGCGACGGACCUCGUGAUGAUGGGCGCCGGCGUCAACCUGCCGUUCGGCGCCGUGUCGCCGUCGUCGACGAUCUCGUCCUCGUCGACCUCGCCGCAGAUACUCGACUUCUCGACGCGGCAGCUCAUCCGAGCCAGCCCGCCGUCGCCCGCGACGGCAAUGUCCGGCUCGGGCGUGACGGCGGCGUCGUCGACGUCGUCCACGACGCCGGCGUCGUCGCCCGGUGCCUGGCCGUACGGACCGGAGCGCAAGAAGAAGGGCCCGUCGUCGUGACGUCGUCUCUGACCGAUGCAUGCAUGCGUGUGUCGGCGAUCGAUGGACAAAUUUUAGAUUAUGAUCAAUGGAGAAGAAGGCUUAGCUCUACACGUACGAAGACUAAAAUGCAUGCAAUAUGCAUUGGGGUAAGUGCUAAGUGGUUAAUUGGUGAUUUUUGCUGGUUAAUUAAUUAAUUACACGAACAUUAAUUUUUCCUUUUGAUCAUCAUCUUUUGUUUUUUUUCCUCUGAAAAUUCUCUUCUUUUGUUCAUUUUAGUUUCUUGGAGGUAGUACUUAUUAGCUAGGUAUGUAGUAGCUACAAUCUCUAAUUGUUUGUUGUUUAAUUCCCUCUUUUGUUCAAGUGUGAACUAAUUGUGCAAAUUAGUCCAGCUAAAUCAAAGACAGAGGAUUCUUAUUUAAUUAUUGGUUAAACAUGCCCCUUUUUUUAGAUAUGAAA